CCGGGCCAGUAGGGGGUGCGUUAUGUGGACUGUGAUGUGGUGUGCAGCCCUCACUUGUCUCCUAACGUAGCCUACCAACAGAUAAAAUGGCGUCCGAAAACAGCCCUGAAUUCCAAGAUGAGAAAACAGCUUUUAUAGAGAAGGAGCCAGAUCAAGAUGUGCAUCAGGAAUGUGAUACAGUCGCAAAACAAAGUGAAUCGAAAUUAACGCUUUAUCACUGGACGCAGUCUUUGAAUUCUCAGAAGGUGCGUCUGGCCAUAGCAGAGAAAGGUUUGCACUGUGAGGAGUAUGAUGUGAGCCUACCACUCAGUGAGCACAACGAGCCCUGGUUCAUGCAUCUGAACCCCACUGGUGAGGUGCCAGUACUAAUCCACAAUGAAAACAUCAUCUGUGACCCAACACAGAUCAUGGACUACCUGGAGCAGAGUUUUAACGAGGGCACUCCCAAGCUGAUCCCUGAAGAGGGCAGUACAUACUAUCACAGAGUGCAGCACUACAGAGAGCUGCUGGACUCACUACAGAUGGAUGCCUACACCCAUGGCUGCAUCCUUCACCCUGAGAUCACAGUGGACUCCCACAUACCAGCGUAUGCUGCUACAUGUAUACGAACACAGAUCGGAAACACACAGUCUGAGCUAAAGAAACUGGCAGAGCAGAACCCAGAGCUUAAAGAUGCUUACAUAGCAAAACAGAGACGCUUGAAAUCCAAGUUGUAUGACCAUGACAACGUGAAGUACCUGAAGAAGCUUCUGGAUGAACUGGAGAGUGUGAUGGACCAGGUCGAGACAGAGCUACAGAGGAGGGUGGAAGAAACACCGGAAGAAGGCAGUCAGUCCUGGCUGUGUGGAGAUUUCUUCAGCAUGGCCGACGUCUCUCUGGCAGUCACCUUACACCGCCUCAAGUUCCUCGGCCUCUCCCGCCGCUUCUGGGGCAAUGGCAACCGUGUGAACCUGGAGACAUACUACGGGCGUGUGGUUGAGCGCCCAGCCUUUAGGAGAGUACUGGGCCAUGUUAACAACAUCCUGAUCUCCGCUGUCCUUCCUGUGGCGUUUCGCGUGGCCAAAAAGAAUGCACCGGUUAUUCUAGGCACCACUCUGUUGAUAGGCAUUCUAGGAGGAGCUACGUAUUUUGCUUUUCUUUAUAUGAAGAGGAGGCUGGCUGUUGUCAUCUAAGGGAGCCAGCAAAUGUAGGAGUUGCUUGGGGACUGGGAAGUAGAUAAACGCAGAAAAACAUGACACGUGUCGCCUGCAUCAUCAUUUAAAAUGUGUAAAGUUAAAGUACAUAGAGGGAUUUGAUCAUAUGGCAGACAUUAAUACUAUGUUAUUGAAACAAACCUUAAUUGUCUUGUUUUCUGUGCUGCUUGUUGCUCAAAAUGCACUUUUCGUUAUCCUCAACACGUGGCCGAUGCAUCAAUCGGCAAAGGAUCAUACUUGAAGUUUUACGUGUUUUUGCCAUUUCUUAUAAAUCACAUACCUUGUGUGGCUUUGUAGCUCUACAUAUCAAGCGUCAGCUUCCAAACAGCAUUGUAUUCAUACGCUAUGCUAUGGAAAUAAGUAGGAAUGGCAGGUAUUAGAUGUCAAAAGAUGAAAAUCUGACAGCCAGGCUUGGUUUUUUAGCGGUGCAUAAAAUAAAAAAUAAAUAAAAAGAUCAGAUAGAACUCAGUUUAUCCCAAGGGAAAAUGUUGUGCAACAGUUGAAGAAAAAAGUGUGAAAGCAAAUAUAUAAAAAAUAUAGAAACACAAAUAUAUCAAACACAGAUUAAAAAAAAAAUUGCACAUUAAUGUACCAUUCCUCUU